UAAUGGCCACCUCCACGAUAACAAGCAUCGGACGGGAGUUUUAGCUGUCAACAUCAUUAGCGAUAAGUCUUACGGAAAACCGAGAUAAUGUCAGCCAGAAUUUUCAAGAAAGUCACCAACAAUGUGCUGAGAAAGGACAGGAUAUAUCACUCACAGUUCUGGUCAUGUGUAUCACGUUAUAUGUGUACCAACGGAGAAGAUGUCUUCAACAGUAAAACAAAUAAAGUUACCUCAAAAGACAGCAACGUUAGGAAAAGUCAGUCUCCCAAAUAUUCACAUGAGUCUGAGCUUCAUCCCGAACAUGGAACAGGUGCAGGAAAUGCUUUAAAAGGUAUAAUCAUUGGUAAAGGUAAUGAGAGUGAUUCCACAUUUGUUCCAAAGCAAUCAGACAUUGCUAUUAUUGGUGGGGGACUGGUCGGCUCAGCAGCAGCAUUCUGGAUCAGGAAACAAAGCCGCAAAGGUCUCAGCGUGACAGUCAUAGAACGGGAUUCUAGUUAUGCUCAAGCCUCAAGCAUGCUGUCGGUUGGUGGUGUGAGACACCAGUUCAGCAUUCCUGAGAAUGUCCUAAUGUCGAUGUUUACUACUGAUUUCAUCAGGAACAUAAGCCAGCAUCUAGGCAUUCUAGGUCAGGAAUCUCCUGAUGUUCAAUUCCAUCACCAAGGAUACCUCUUCCUGGCCUCAGAACAGAGUGCUGAGACCCUUAGUAAGGGUGUCGCAAUGCAGAGAGAACUUGGGGCCAAUAUAGAACUGCUCACUAAAAGUCGCCUUGCUCAAAAAUACCCUUGGCUGAACUUGGAUGGCAUUGAAUGUGCAUCACAGGGUAUUCAAGGUGAGGGUUGGUUUGAUCCUUGGUUACUUCUCUCUGCAUUGAAAAAGAAGAACAUUAGUUUAGGUGUGAACUAUGUGAAUGCUGAAGUGGAAGGUUUUUUCCUGAGUGAUAGGCAAAAUGACAUUGAUAUGGGAAGACUGUCAGGCCUUCAGAUAAAACGGUCAGAUGGAACAUCAGAUAGCAUGGAAUUUGCAAUGUGUAUCAAUUGUGCUGGUGCCUGGGCUGGAGAAGUUGCCAAACUGGCAGGCAUAGGAACAGGGACUGGACCUUUAUCCGUUGGCCUACCUGUGGAGCCACGGAAGAGGUUUGUGUAUGUAACUCAUUGUCCAGAAGGUCCAGGACUUGAAUGCCCCUUGGUAGUAGAUACAUCAGGAAUGUAUUUUCGUCCAGAAGGACUAGGAGGCCAUUUUCUUCUUGGAGGAAGUCCAUAUGAGGAUAAAGAACCUGAUGCGAGUAAUUUAGAAGUGGACUAUAACUUUUUUGAAGAGGAGGUGUGGCCACCUUUGGCUCACAGGGUGCCUUCCUUUGAAAAGUUGAAGGUUAAGAGUGCAUGGGCUGGAUACUAUGACCAUAACACCUUUGAUCAGAACUUGGUGAUAGGUCCUCAUCCUAUUCACAGAAACUUUUACUUUGCCAAUGGCAUGAGUGGACAUGGGGUACAGCAUGCACUGUGUAUUGGGCAUGCUUUGAUGGAGCUUAUCCUUUAUGAUGAGUAUAAGUUUAUUGACUUGGAUCUGUUCAAAUUUGAACGAACCGAACCAGUGUUAGAGCUUGGUAUUGUGUGAGGUGAUGAUCAUGUGAGGAUAUGAAUGAACACUUAUUUAUAUACUGAUUUAAUUAUAUAUUUGAUAUAUAUACAGUAAAAAUUUGAUCUUAUUUUAGCUCAGGAAGUAUUAAGCUGAGAUAUGAUUGAGAUAAUUGCAGUUUCUCUGUGGUGUGGUGCACCAAAUUAAGUAUGUUUACAAUAUGUGAAUCUUAUCACAUGUUUUGCUAAGGUAAAAUAUAUAGGAUCUUGAAUGAGUUUCCAUUUUUGCAUGAGAUUUUGUGAAUUAAGUCUUGGAAUUUUUUAUUUCUUUGGGCCUUGGCUAGCAAGAAUUUAAACUUUGAGCUGAUUUUUAAAAUUUCUUAUGAAAUCAAAUCAAAUUUUUAGAUACUUUCUAUCACAUAACUCUGAAAAGUUACAUUUUGACUAGUUUAAAUUCAAUUUGGAAGAUGAAGAUAAACAAAAGUGAUCAUUUUGUUGUUCCAUUUUUAGUUAUGAUAAUGAUAAAAACUCCUAGGUGUAUUACAAUAGUGACAUAUAAAAGCAAUAUUAACAGGCGGGUUACGUAAUUAAAUGAUUUGUAUUCAUUGAUAACAUACCUUGUUAAUCUGACAACAUUCCCAUGUCAGGUAAUAAGUUAGUACUAUUUCAGUGUGCUAUGAUAAGCCAAGACUGACUGCAAAUCAGAGAUGGUGUUCUGUUAUAAGCUCACUUCCAGACUCCGAGUAACAAGUAAAGUGUUGGCCUCCUGGUGUCCUGUGGUAAGCCCACCCCUUGACUCUUGAGUAGUAAGUAAUGUGUAGGCCUGUUGGUGUCCUGUGGUAAGCCCACCCCCUCACUCUGAGUAGUAAGUAAUGUGUUGGCCUUCUGGUGUCCUGUGGUAAACCAACCCCCUGACUCUGAUUAAGAAGUAAUGUGUUGGCCACUUGGUGUCCUGUGGUAAGCCCACCCCUUGACUCUGAGUAACAAGUAAUGUGUAGGCCUCAUGGUGUCCUAUGGUAAGCCCACCCCUUGACUCUGAGUAACAAGCAAUGUGUAGGCCUCUUGGUGUCCUGUGCUAAGCCUACCCCUUGACUCUGAGUAACAAUUAAUGUGUAGGCCUCUUGGUGUCCUGUGGAAAGCCUACCCCUUGACUCUGAGUAACAAUUAAUGUGUAGGCCUCUUGGUGUCCUAUGGUAAGCCCACUCCAAGGCUCAGAGUAACAAGUAAUGUGUUGGCCCCUUGUCUCUUAGUAGUAAGUAAUGUGUUGGCCUCUUGGUGUCCUGUGGUAAGCCCACCCCUUGACUCUGAGUAUUAAGUAAUGUGUUGGCUUCUUGGUGUCCUGUGUUUAUCCCAACCUUAGACUCUGAGUAACAAGUAAUGUGUUGGCCUUCUGGUUUGGUAAACCAAUCCCCUGACUCUGAUUAAGAAGUAAUGUGUUGGCCUCAUGUGGUCAUGUGAUAAACUUGGUUUCUAGUUGCUUUUUUGUAAGUGCUUCGAAUGGCCCCUUGUCCAGUUUCUUAGCUUAUUUUAGAACAAAAUGUUUGAAGAAUUAACCAAUCUAAAUACAUGGUGCUUUCUUUACACUAUACAUAAACAUUGUUGAUUUUCUGUCCAUUGGCUGAUAAAAAGAAUGUUGAAUUAAUGGUUAUUUGCUAUAUACAAUGCUGAUUUUAUGUCAGUUCAGAAUUGAUGCUACUUGCACUGGCCAUUUCAAUAUAGUGCAGUCCUAUUGUCAAAGUCAUUGCUUUAUCAUGUCAAGGAAUAUACUAUUGAUUCUUCCAUUCUUUUGCCAAAUAUUUUCCUUUAAAAGAUGUAAUGAUUUUCAUAAAAGUAUCAUAUACACUGCAAUAUUUCAAUCAUAUGAGAGAAAAUACAUCUGUAUACUGUUACAGAUAUUUCUGUUAGUAUUAUUUUUGUGUUGUGUUCUUAAUUUUGUCUGUGAUGUUUUUUACCCAUCCUUAUUCCAGUUAAACAUUAUAAUCAGUUGUUUAUAAAUGUCCUGUUAUAGUAAUGGAAUUGUAAAAUCUUUGAUUUCUUUGCAUGUUUUUUCCUAGAGUUUAUAUUAUGAACCUUGAUAAGUGUACUCACAAUGAAAUCAUUGCUUAUUCUUAGUUAUAUAAAAGAAGUCAGAACAUUAUUUUAUAUAACAAAUUUUAACUUUUUAUUUGACAGCAGACACAUACACAAGUACAAGCAUAUAUGUAUAUGGUUCUGAUGGCUAAGUGUCAUGCUGUAAAACCUGCCUUUAAAAAUGAUUAUUUUUUGUUGGGUGCAAUUUUAAUCUUCUUUUUUUGUUACUUUUUUGUUUCUAAAUACCAUUUUGUGAAUAUUUGAUUUCAUGUAUGAAGAAUAGCCCAAUAAAUCAUCUUAAUUUUUAACAUUAAUUAGACACAUGUAUUUGUGUAUUAUGGGUACCCAUGAAAUUGGGCCAUGGUAGGCGAGUAUUAAGGCCUUCGACUGUCUUUAUCACUAGCCCUUCACCUCAGGGUCAUGGGUUCAAGACCUACAUGGGGCAGUUUCCAGGUACUAGCUGAAGGUCAGGGAUUUUGAUGAGGAAACUCUGGUUUUUGUCCACCCCUCCAAACCUAGCAUGUCCUUACAUUACAGUGAUAAUAGGAUGUAAAGCAAUAAUAAACUCAACCAUGAAAUAAACGAAAAUAAUUCCCUCUCAGGAAAAUAAUGAUUUUACAGUUGUUGGUUAUCUAUAGAUAUUACCUCCAUAAAAUAAAAGGACGGCAUUAAAAUCAUGUUUAAGUCAUUACAUUUAAUAUGGAAAACUUUUCAAGAAGGCAUUAAUGAUCAUGGUUAAAAAAUUAUAAUCUGAAUUUAUUUUAAACAAAAUAGCCUGCUUUAAUUUAUACUGUAGCUGUUUAUUAUGCAUAUAGGAAUUUCUCAGUGAUAUUUAUAUAUGUACAUCCAGGUAUAGUCACAUUUAUUGUGCAGCUACAAUUAUGUGUGUACUAUUUAAAAUGGCAUUAAGAUACAACUAAGUAUAAUCACAUCAAUGUAUCUAAACAUACCUUGAAAUUUGAGCUAUUGGAAUAAAUACAUACAUUAUGUGUAUGUUAUUCAUAAUUUUGUGUACAAUAUGUCUUUUGAGUGUUACUAGUAAUGUUAAUUUUGAGUGCUAGAGGGAUGCAUUUUGUAAUGUUUUAAGUCCUGCAAUAAUACCUAACCCUAUGAAUGCUGUUUUUCGAGGUCAAAGACUUUUGCAGUUUUACAAAAGGUUGAUGCUAAAGAGAUGUGUUUUGUCCAUGAAUUCAUGAAACAAACUGUGAAUCUCUCAAUUUUAUUUUUUAGAAUAUCAAUUACAUUUAUGUGAUAUGCUCAUAAUAUUAAACUUUCGUUUGUGAAUUGGUUGUCGAUGAUAUAUAAACAAAUCUCUUGAUUUGUAAAAUGAAAUUUUUCUUCUUACUUUCUAUGGUCUUUCAACUCAUCCACUUCAUAGGCUUUUCAAGUUUCCUAAAACUAGAUUAAAAUCAAUACAUGAGGCUCAUUGGGCAUUUGUUCUUGAAAUUUCUUGUUCUACUGAAUCAAAAUGCUACAGAGGAAAUACUCACAUGACAUUAAAGAUGGACGUCAUUCCUACCAUCUUGAAAAUCAUGUCUUCAUUACUUCUUUGCUGAAUGGAAAUACAUUUCAGGAAAGGAUUUUUAUUUAUAGUUUUUUAUGUAUAUUAUAAUAUAUAUUCCAAUGUAUAUUUCUCUUUUACGUCAAAAGGAAUUUAUAAGUAUGGAGAAGGGAAAGAGAGGAUUUUGAUAGAUAACUUUAACCAUGAGGGUCUUAAAACUAAGACAUUUAUUUGUGAUAGAUCUGAAACAUUUUAUAGAAUAAAUGGCUAAUACAGGUACAAUGCUUUAAAGUAUGUAAAACGGAGAUAAAUAAUACAAAAAAUGGACAGUU